AUGGAUGCCCAGGACACCCAGGACCCCGACAAAACAACUUUCUCACUCACGUUCUCUGAGCUGGUCAACAUCGCCAUCCCACAGGGCGGGGUGGUGAACUUCAAGGCCCUGUACCUCCUGCUCCAGGGCAUCCUGGAGCACAUCCACAUGGCCGAGCUCAGGAAGGUCCUCUCAGGGGACGAGGACUUCCUCCAGACCUCGCAGGCCAUGUUCGUGCCCCGAGAAGGAGACGCCCAGCCCAUCCUCAACCCCUUGAAGAGGCUCGGCAACAUCUUCGACCACGUAGUGAGCCGCAUGGACAACAUAGAGGGCCAGCCUGCUCUGCUGCAGGAAAUGCCCUCCACCUCCCAGCUGCUGGAGGCCAGCCAGGGCACUCGCCAGCCCGCCCGGGACCUGUGGCACCUGAUAAAGCUCCGGAAGAUGGUGGAGGGCAAUGAGGAAGCCAUGGCCAAGGCCAUGAAGAUUCUGCAAGAUUUGCUCUCUGACAUUUACUCUCUCAAGGCCACCACUGAAACCCUCAAGAAGGAUGUGGCCAUGCUGAAGGACAUGUUUGACAAGAUGCAUCUGGAAAAAAUGGAUAUUUUCUCUGAAGAUUUGAAAGGGCAGGACCAGAAGAUGAGUGCAUUACAGCAGGAAGUGGCUUCUCUCCAGAACAAGGUAAUCACUAUCCCCCAAACUGAAGACAUAGUACUCUGGAGCAGCCUCCACGAGGCCAUGUUCACCCAGGAACAGGCUCCAUCACUACUGGAAGAUUCCGAUCUGUGGCAGGUUGUAGAAGAGCUCCCAGAGACUGACCUUCCCCAGACCACCAGGUACCAUGAAGCAGUCAGUCAUGGCCAGGUCUCUGAGGCCAUCCAGCACCCCAAGUUCCUGGAGACUACCUGGCAUCACCAAACCCAAGGCCCGCUACCGGAGGAGGGGUCUGUCCAAGCAGCUCCCCCCGCUGGGGUGCAGGAGCCCCAGGUGCUUGAGCCUGGGUCUGUGCCUGGGCCAGGACCUGCCCUGGGUCCUCAGCCCACACCACCAGGACCCAGGCCUGUACCACCAGGAGGCUGGCCUCCUCCCAGGGGCUUGCCCGGGACUAGCACUGGGCCUCUCUGGGGCUACUUCCCACCUGCCCAGCUCCAUGGCUUUGGGGCCCCACUCCCAGCCACGGAGCUGGGCUCAGCUUGGCCUCAUUCACUGCAGUCCGUGUAUCACCAGAAAGGGACAUUCAAGCUCUCAGCUAUCUCAGAAAAGGAAGAAGAUGACUCCCUCCAUGUGGGAGUCCUUCAGGACAGAGCCCCCAGGGCUGGGGCCCCUAAGAAAGCACUCCAUAAGGGACCCCCGCCUGCCUUUCAGCAGACAAAAUACAACACUGCCACCGCGGCUGCAACGACUUCAGCAGCCCGGUCAGCUAAGGCUGCCACCAGGCUGGUCGAGGACGUCCCUGCCACCAAAUUGGCAAGCAAAGCUAUGAUCACAGCCUCAUCCGGGCCUUUAGGAGUCCUUGCAGACAUCCUGGGUGCAGGGUCCUUCCGUAGGGCCAUGACCUUCACCGAUGACAGUGAAACGGAAGACUUGCAGGAGAAUGACUUUGAGGACAUCCUCUAUCCCUCAUUCUCUCCUGCCAAUGUCCCUCCCGACACGGCCCUGUCCCAGGCCAUGCUGGCUGCCAGACAGGCUGUGACCCCUGAAGACAAGAAGAAGGCUGUCAGGCAUUCCAUGAACAACAUAGCCCAGAUGCCUAUUAGACACGACACCCUGAAAGGAGAGUUUGCCCAGAUGUCAUCCAACCUGCAGCAGCGCAUGACUUAUCUAGCUAACAUGGGAGCCUCUUCCAAGCUUGGGACAACCGUGGAUGUAUUGCAAGAAAAGAUUGGCAACCUCCAGAAAUCCAGGAUGAAGGAGGAGGAACUCGAGAGAAUUUGGGGCCACCAAAUAGAGAUAAUAAAGGACCACCACAUUGUGCUGGACAAGGCGGUGGAGAAGCUCCAGAAGCGUCUGGAUGACUUAAAGAUUGUCCAUUCUCAAAUCAGAAACCUAGAAAUGUACAAGGCAGACAAAAGUGUGAUGGAGCAGGAGCUGAAAGAGAAAGCUGACCGGAGUGCCCUGGCAAGCAAGGCAAGCCGGGCUGACCUGGACACAGUGGCAAUGGAGCUGAAUGAGAUGAUUCAGGGCAUGCUGUUCAGGGUCGUGGCCAAUGAGGAUGACUGGAAGAAGGCUGUGGAAGAGCUGGGCAAGGACAUACGCACCAAGCUGGUUCACAGUGAUUUGGAUGAUCUAAAGAAGGACAUGGACGAGGUCUGGAAAGUAGUCAGGAAGCUGCUGAUUGAAGGCCUCCGAUUUGACCCCGACAGUGCUGCUGGCUUUAGGAAGAAACUGUUUGAGCGGGUGAAAUGCAUCUCUUGCGAUCGGCCUGUGGAAAUGAUGACUGGCCCGCAUCUCAUCACCAUCCGCAAUGCCCACCUGCUGUCGCGACGGCAGCCAGCCAGUGCCAACAGCCACGAGUACCUGCAGCAGCAACAGAUGAGGGAGCAGCAGCAGCUGCAGAAGCUCCAGAAUGUGGGAGCCCAGGAGGAGUGCCUGGGCUCGCUGGGCUCUCAGCAGGACUGGGGUGAUGGCCCUGGAAACGACACCAACCUCAAGUUCAAGUCGUGUGAACUGUCGACACUCUACCCCUACGGGGACCCCGAGCUGCUGGACUAUGACACUGCCGAGGUAGACAUCCUGGGAGUGGACGGCAUCCUGUACAAGGGCCGAAUGAGCAACAAGGACAAGAUAUGGCCGGUGGCUGGCAUGGAGAAGGAGCUGGCAGCUGUGAAGGUUCUGCAUCCCCCGGCUCGAAACCCAUAUGAAGGUGUGCACCCAAGUGCCUUAUUCGGCUCCAUCUACCCCCCUUUGCCUCCCCAUGCCAGCAUGGGAUCAGCCGCUUCAGGCCCCCAUUCGAUGAUGCCAGCUCCGCCACCGUCUCUGCCACCCCUGCCACUGCUGCCACCGCCGAUGCCGUCCCUGCAGGAUCCCCAGCCGGCCUCAGGGCCUGCCAGGCACCUGAGGCCACUGCGCCUCGAGUUCCGAGCCAGCACGCAGUCCGCCAAGGAGCCCACCAACCGGUGAGCCCUGGGCUUGUGCCCCGACAGCGCCUGCGUCUCCUCCCCGCCCCUCCCACCCCUGCCUCCGGCGGAGACCACGCCCUGAGCCUGGCCUGGGGAAGGACUUAAGGGAGGGGUCUCCAUAAGGAACUCUUUUUGACCCAGUGGCUGUUUUCACCUGCAUAUAAAUACACACAACACAACCCUUCUCAUGCUGUUUCAUGGGGGGAACACAGCUUUUGAAACUGAAUUCUCUAUUAAACCCAUUUAAUUCCUUGACCA